AUGGAUGAUCGUGAACCAUGGCGAUUUUAUUUUUCAUCAUUUUGCAGCCCUUAUAGAAUUGGAGAUGAUGUUGGUGGGGCUUUUUCGUUGGGAUUAGCUGGUGGAUCAGUAUUUCAUGCGCAUAGUGGCUUCAGGAAUUCGCCAUGGGGACAUAAACUCCUUGGUAUCAUGCGUGAGGUACGUACAAGAUCACCAGUAGUGGGGGGUCAGUUUGCGGCUUGGGGUGGUCUAUUCAGUGCGAUCGAUUGUAGCUUAGUAGCGCUCAGGAAAAAAGUUCAUGAAGAUAUGUUCAAUCCCAUAGCAUCUGGUGGGCUCACUGGUGCUUUACUGGCUGUACGUUCUGGUCCUAUGGUCAUGAUGGGCUCAGCAGCAGUUGGGGCAGUGAUCGUUGGUAUGAUUGAAGUAGCUUCAUUGGCAGUGGGCAAAUUUGCUGGUAUAGUUAUGGAUCCAAAUGCCAUGCAGCAGCAGGAGUUGGAGGAUCCAGCAGUUUUGGGUACAAAGCCGAAACAUGGAAGUAGCGCGAGUACUUCUGGCGUUUCCGGAGAUUCUUCUGCUGUACCAUUGUCAUUAGCUCAGCCUUAUUGA